AUGGGAAUGGCCGCCAAGCUCAUGUUCAAGAUCCGAAAGAUCAAGAACAAACUCAAGAUCCGCCGUCGCCUCAAGAAAGACGCCGCGAACGUCACCCACGAGGAGCGCCUUGCUCAGGUCCAGCGAGUUGACGGAACCGAGCACAAAAUUGAGCGCUCAGUGGACGUCAUGGUUGCCGCUCGGCGCUCGGUUUAUGGUGCGCAUAUGCUGCCUCAGACGACCGAGUUCGGCGUCACUGUCGAAGAGGCUCGGGAGCUGCACAAGAGACAGACAGCAUACAACAAUGGAAAGCAGACCGCUUCCCAGGAUGCCGCCACCCAGGAUGGUGGCAUCUGGGAUGGCGGCGCUCCUUACAACCGCAUCUAA